AUGCUGAGGGAACCUGGAACUGAUAGGGGAGGAUUAAUCCUGAUCCAGAAAAGACCUGUCCUACUGACACCUAAACCUGUAGGCCCGAAUAAGGUAAUAUCAAAUGAAAUUGGCCAGAAUAAGACAGUAGCAGAUAAAAUUGGAAGUAACAUCAUGAAUACCCAGGAAAAUAUUACUCCUUUGAGACGCACAAGAAAUACCCAAGAAAAUAUUACUGCUUUGAGACGCAUAGAAUCUAACCCCUUAUGGGGAUUGAAUCUUGGUCGUUUAGAACACUCUCAAAAAAACACCUUCAUGGUGAAGGGCAGGUUGGCCCCUGUGCUUAUGGCAAACUGGAACAUGACUGAUGCAGAUGAAUCCAAGGCUUCUGGCUCUGGUAAUCUUGAUGUAGCAUCAUCAACUGCUUCAGCUGAGGUUUUAUUGGACAGCAGUGAUUCAGAAAUUACACAUUCUUUUGAAACUAAAUAUUUUUUCGUCUUCAUUGAUCUCUUUGCUGCUAGUGGCAGUGAGCACCAUCCUAAGUGCUCCAGUGCACCUUCAAAGCGAAAAAGGAGAUCUCCAUCUUCAAGGCAACAAGCUGAAUCUGUUGCAGGAGCACAUGACAAUGAAAGCUCUUCAGAUUCUUCUCUGGCCCCUCAAAGUCCAGUGAAAUCAUUGGAAGGUUCCGAGAAGAAGUCAAAACUCAAUUUGAAAGCCAUUUUUGCCUAUCACUUCAGGGGAAAGAAGUUUAAGGCUGCUGCACACCGAAAAUACAAGGGUGGGUCAGGGAAAAAGAAGAAGAAAAAAAAGUAUGAGAGCACAGGGAGGCCUAGAGGGAGGCCACGACUGACAGCCUCACCUCAGGAGCGGAAGAGAAGGCUUAAAGACAGAGGUUUUCAGUUCCCUUUUGUUGAAAAAUAUUAUGGAAAAAAACAUCUUCCCUUAAAGAAGGUUCGUGAAUAUGAGCGAGCAGCUAUAAAGGGAUUUUUAAAUUACGUUCAACUGCUUAAAUAUGAAGACCAUCUUAAAGAAUCUUUAAAAGCCCUUCAGGCUAGUGAAGACUUAGAAAGAGAAGGCCUGAUAGCACGGAAACACAAAUACUUAGAUGAUGAAGGCUCCAUUUCCCCUAUUGAGGAGACAAAUGAUGAUAACAGCUUGAAUUCUGAAUAUCAAGAUGUCAGAGUAGUGGAGAACAGCUCUUUCAUUAUAAGCAGCAAAAUUCCCAAGAAGAAAAAAUCAAAGCCAGAAACAAAACGUGCAAAAUCAACUGAAGUGAUUGAAACGGAGAACAGCUCUUCCAUUAUAAGCAGCAAAAUUCCCAAGAAGAAAAAAUCUAAGCCAGAAAUGAAACAUGCAACAUCAACUGAAGUGAUUGAAAUGGAGAACAGCUCUUCCAUUAUAAGCAGCAAAAUUCCCAAGAAGAAAAAAUCUAAGCCAGAAACAAAAUGUGCAAAAUCAACUGAAGUGAUGGAAACGGAGGAGAACAGCUCAUUCAUUCCCAGGAAGAAAAAAUCAAAGCUAGAAACAAAAUGUGCAAAAUUGGCUUAAGCGAUUGAAAUGGAGAACAGCUCUUCCAUUAUAAGCAGCAAAAUUCCCAGGAAGAAGUCAAAGCCAGAAGUGAAACAUGCAAAAUCAACUGAAGUUAUUGAAAUAGAGGAGGAGGAAGACUGCUGCUGAGAACUCUGGGCUUCUGCAAGGUUCACCUUGGUGAACAAAAAACUUAGAAAUGAGGUGGCACUGGUCACUCAUCAGACACCUUUGUCACCUACUUGGUUUAAACCGUUGGUCUGAAGUCAGUGUUGAGCUAUCAACUGACCAACCUAGUCAGAUUGUGUUUAAGUUUAUGUUGCUUUUGGAAGAUGAAACACUGCUUAGUUCUCUUGAUGUGCAAGACUCUGCAGAUGAACACACCACCUCUGCAGCAGUGAGCAGUUGUAACUUUUAUGGUGUGAUUGAAUUCUUGCAGCUGUUUGCCCUUGUGAUGUGCAAGAUCUCUUACUUCGGUGGACUUCUGUGGAACAUGUGAGUGAAAGCUGCGCAUUCCUCUGAUGUCUGGAACACACUGGAAAGCCUCUACUUCAGAGAAAUCCACAUGAAGGUCAACUCUGAACUAGUAUCUUGGUGGCAUGGAACUAGAGAAAAUGAGAGAAGAAAUGCAGGAUGCCUUUUCACAGAAAUCUGAAGCCUCUUAGGGUACUGACUUAUGCUGUUGAUACAAAUGAAAAAAUUUAUUCAAAAGGAAAAGCUUGCAAGGACUGAGCUCCGGUGCCUGUGUCCCUGCCUGUGUGCCUCUGCCCGGCUGCUGCUGUGGAGAACCCUGGGUCAUGAGGCCACUGCAUGCCACCAGAAAUGCCACCAGGCCACUGCAUGCCACCAAAGCAAGCCUGAAGGUCCUGAUGAUGCUGCAAGUCUGCUGCAAAGACCAGGGCACAGCUUUUCUAACUAGAGACAGAACCCUCUCUAGAGAGUUUGUUGCAGUAAUUCAGAAUUAAACAUUCAAUUUCCCCUUACUGCUUUGUAAAUUGAAAUAGUUAGUGCCUGCUAUUUGGAAACCAGUUCAGAAGCACAGGGACCCUUUCAGCUGUGAUGUGCCUGUUUUGCCCUCCUGGGAGAGCAGCAAAGCUGCAGAAGACCUAACUCUGUGGAGUGGAUCAGCUUGUAAUUUGACUGGAAAAAGCUUUACCAACUGUUUUCCCUUACUUCUCUGUUACUCAACUCUACUGAAGCUCCACAGAGGUUUUUAUUUAAAUAAAACCAAUGUCUGAAAGCUGUACCUGGGAUUAUUUUCU